AUGGCCUCCUCAUUCACCAACCGUAAUAACAUCGUUUGGCUCGUAGGACUGCUGUCCAUCCUCUUGGUCGUGUCAGACGUCUAUGGCGAGCCUCCCAGCGUGGUGCCCUCUGCGUGCAAGCGUGCCUACGCUGCCAGCGGUGGCUCUUUCACUGAAGACUUCUGCUUGUCUGCCUUCAACGGCCACAGCGCCGGCGCAGCGGACAAUGCCGACCUGGCCCUCAUCGCGGUCGACCUCGCCACAGCCAAUGCCACCGCCACCGAGGCAAAGAUCGACACCCUCCUUGGUGGCAGCGGUGCCGGCGCCCUGUCUGAGGGCCUCCGGUUGUGCCGAGAGCUGUACAACUCCGUGGUGCACGUGUACCAGCCAAAGUGCCAUGCCGCUGUGAAGGAUGGAAGGUAUGUUGACGGGAAGCUGUGCCUCCGCAGGACGGCGCAAGCACCUGUGGAAUGCGAGAGGUGGUUUGAGCAGCGGAACGUCUCGUCGCCGGUGACCAGGGAGGAUGAGAUCCUGGCCAAGCUCGCCAAUCUCGCGAUCGCGCUGACAUCGAUCGCCUGA